GUCUCAAUAUUCCCGACUUGGCUACUUGGCUGUAGUAGCACACGUCCAAACACGUGCAAACAUGACGGAUCUGCGCUCACCACUGAAGAGCAUACUGAAUUUUCGCGAUGUCAGCGAAUUCGUCAACAAGGCUACUAGGUCAAAUCGCCUGAGAACUGGAUUACUGUACCGGGGUGCUCGUCCUGACGAAUCAUCCUUCCAAGACCGGCAGAGACUCACAAAGGAGUAUGGUGUGAAGAGCAUCAUUGAUCUUCGAACAAAAACGGAGCACAUAGAACAGGCGCAAAAACGAGACGCAAAGGUCAAGGCCUCAGCAGCAGUUCCCCAAACCAACGAUGACGUAGCCGAGCCUCUGAAGAUACCUGGAGUUACCUAUCACGAGAUCAAUUUCAACGGAUCUGCCUUCUCCCGUAUGCUGCUUUCGAAGCUAUCUUGGUUGGAGUUCCUCCGGCUUGUAGGCCUGAUGGUAUUCGGGUAUCGUCUAGACGCCAUCAAAAUCUUGGCCCCCCAUAUGGAAGAGAUGGGACUUGUAGGACUAGCUACGAGCUCUCUGGACGUUUGCACUCGUGAGAUGAAGCAAGUCUUCGACGUCUUGGCAGACGAAGUGAAUUGGCCUGUUUUAGUCCACUGCACCCAAGGCAAAGACCGAACAGGGCUGGUGGUUAUGCUUGUGUUGUUCCUGCUUGGGGUUGAUCAAGAGGUCAUUGAGAAAGACUACGUACUUUCAGAGUCGGAACUCGCACCCGAGAAGGAGCAGAGAAUGAAGGAGAUCGGAUCGAUUGGAUUGUCUGAGCAGUUCGCUGUCUGUCCGCUAGAUGUGGUGACGAGCGUGCAUUCGCACCUUCAGGAGAAGUACGGCGGUACUGAGGAGUACUUGGAGAAGAUCGGCGUCAAUAAAGACACGGUGGACUUGGUGAAGCGGAAGCUGCUAGCAGAUGCUUUGGAAACAUAGUGCGUCUGCACAAACGGUGUUGUGCAAUCCUGCUACCACUACCAGUUAUAACAUACGGUAGCCUGUAUAUUUUAGAUGCUGCCAAGAUUGCCAGAAUCGGGUCUUCGGCGAUCGAAAGAACUUUCACAGUAUCCUAAAGGUAAGCUGCUCACCAUGGUACUCCAGAACUUGAUCAGAUUUCAGCGUCCACCAUCCCAUCGUUACGCGUGGCUGGAAAAUAAAGGC